AUGUAUAAAGUGAUAAUAUUGUGCUCACUUGUUCUAUUUGCAAGCAGUAUGAGUGAAGGAGAGACACUCCUACAAUCUCUGCAAAGCACUGAAUUUGGAAAAACAAUAAUUUAAACUAUUCAAGUUGAAUUGUAAGGAAAUAGCAGUGUUGACAAAAUUAUUGAUCUUCUAACUCAAAUGAAAGAAAGAAUCAAUGGUGAAUAAGAUGAGGAAAGAUAGAAGUCAAGAGAUCAUACUUAAUUUUGUGAUGAUAAAUAUGAUGAAAUCCUAUUUGUUAUUGAUUCAUCUGAAUAUUAAUUGGCUAAAGAUUAAUAAACAUUGCCAUUAUUCGUCUAAGAAUAAAAAAACAAAUAAAGAUAAUUGUUGGAUAAAUAAGAAAUUGAAAAUAGAAAUAAUUAACGUAUUGCUGAAUUGACUCAAGAAAGAGACAUCACUAGAGUAUUUAUAGUGCUUAAUUUUAGUAAUAAUAUGAAGCAAGAAGAGAUGAAUUGACAAAUAUGGUCGGUGCUCUUCAAGAAGGAAAAAGAAUCAUUAGUAAAUUAAGUACCAAAAAAUGGGACCCACUUGCUGGAACCUACUCUUUCCUUGAGUUCUCUUAAUUUAUGUUUAAUGAAUUAGAAGCACAUCAAAAGCUAUUGAAAAAACAAUCAAAUGGAAUUGGCUUACUUUAUGAAUUGUUGCUGGAAACAUCUUAGUAAACCAUAUCCCAUAUUAUCUAUUAGAGAUCCAGGAAUCCAAGCCAAUUAACAAGGAGUUGCCAAGAUUCAAGAAAUUAUUGAUGAAUUGAUUGAAAGCGUUUUCGAUUUGUUAAAAUAAGAAUUACUGACAGACAAUGCUAGAGAAUAAGAUUACCAAAAUUAAAAAGAAAGAAUUGUCAUCCAAAAUAGGAGGUUAGAAGCAACUAUUGCAACAUUUAAGGCAAGAGUCCUAAUAAUCAAUCAAACCAUCUUAGAAUUGAAUAAUGACAUUAGAUUUAAUACAGAAGUAAUAAUAAUCUAUUGAAAUUUCAAGAAAUCAACUUUAUUGAGGAAGUAAAAGGAUGAUUGGGAGAGAACAUGUGUUGAUUAUCAUAAUGGUUAUGUAGAAGCUACUAAAAUCAGGUAUAUAAUUAUAAAAUCAUUUUCAGAACCCAACAAAGCGAUAUCUUAACAGAAGUUAUCUAAGUGUUCACAAGAAACUAUAACGACUUUCCAAGUUUAAUUUAGAAGAUAUCAGUAUGA